UGAUGACGUCAUCCGCAGUUCAACAAGCGCCACAACAAGGAAGUGUUCAGGGUCCGCUUCAGAUCGUUAGACGGAGCGUUUUUCUGAUCAAAUGUUUUCCUUGUAGCACAGGCUGAGAUUGCUGCCGUAGGUAUGCCUGUUGAAAGCCCAGAGGAGAGGACAGUGGAGAUUCUGGGCCUGCCCCCAGAAGUGGAUGAGGAGCUGCUCUUUCUGUACUUUGAGAAUAAGCGCCGCUCUGGGGGAGGUCCACUCGUCUCUGUGGAGAAGAAGGGGGAAUGUGCCAUCCUAGUGUUUGAAGAGACAGAAGCUGCAGCCCAAGUGUUGUCUAAAGAGCACCACGUUCUGCAUAAUGUGGAGCUGAGUGUGAGAAAGCCUGCCUCUAAGGACCAGUGCAGACUGCUACUGAAGGGGAUCAACCCCAACACUUGCACUGAGAUGAUAGAGCUCUAUGUGGAGAACAUAAUGGGGCUGAAUGUGACUGACUACACUCUGCAUCCCUUUCCGGGGAGAGACUUCAUCCUCAUUCACCUUAGCCAACCCUUCUCAGAAGAUUUCCAGAAGCUUAGUGAUAAAAUCUCCAAGAGGACACUUGAAGGAGCCAUGGUGAAUCUUGAACAGAUUGAGCAAACUGACUCUGUCUUAGUGGAGAACCUCAACCCUGGUGCCACUACAGACCUGCUCAUGUUGUACUUUGAGAGCAAGGGAGGUGGUGGUCUGAAGGUGAAGGAUGUCACAAUGCUUUCAGAGGGUACAGCCAAAGUGUCCUUUGUCAAUUAUGAUUCUGUGGACCUUGUGCUGGCUCAUCCACACAAACUGGAGGGUGCUGAUCUUGUAGUCAUGCCAUAUUUUGACUUUCUCCAACCAACCAAGAGUUUAACACCAAAAGACUUUGAAGCUGGAAGCCAAGAUAUGACUAAGACAGACUCAAAGGAUCUGAUUGAAAUGCAGACCAGUCCUCCCACAGUGGUCAGUGAAAACCAGUCCUCCUCUCAGACGGACUUGGACCCUGUUGCUGCUCAUGCAACAGAAGAUCCGGCAGAGGAAUUCAUGGAGGACCAUGUGGAGGAUGACGAUACGCUAUCAAACCAUAUUGCUAUCGUUGAGCCGUUAAAACUUGCUUUGUUUCAACUCAGCACCUUUCCGCAAGACACUGAAAAGGCUCACCCUAAUGUCACCAUCCAAACCAAAGACAAUGGCGUGCACAUUGGAGGUGCUGACAGGAAAACGUUUGAGCAGAUAAAACACUCUAUCUUGGACUAUUUUGGUAUAAUGGCUGAGACUCAUUUCACCCUCGAGCCAGAAAAGGCUGAGUUCCUUACAAGGAAUGAUGUAAAAGAUCGACUACUGCAAGCCAUGAAUCAAACUGGGUCACCUGCUGUGUACAAUGUAUCAGGCUGUAAUGUUGUGGUAAUCUCCCUAUCCCAAAACUUGGCAGACCAGGCUUGUAGCUUUUUGAAAUCCCAGCUGGGUCACUUCAGCAUAACAGGGGACACAGAAUAUGAAUGCAUGUUUUAUUGCAGAGAAUGGUCUGAGUUCCUGCAGACUUUGAGUUUCUCCUCUGUGAACGUGUCAGAACGAGGAGGGAAUAUUGAUGUGUUGACUCUGAAAGGGAUGGAGAGUGAGAAGAGGGCUGCAAUUCUGGAGUUUCUUACCACACCAAUUCAAAGGGAGACAGUCAUCUCUAUGGAACCUGGCAUGCUGAAAUACAUCCAGAUCCAUUGUCAUCAGCUGCUGGCUGAUAUGGACCAAGUGUCUAUUUUUCCGCUAGAAGCUGAGGAUGUUUGUGGGUUGAAGAUCCAUGGCCAUGCUGUUGCAUGUCAAAUGGCUGAGGAGGUGUUGCAAGGUGUGGUCUCCUCUAUCUGCACCAGAACCAUCACAGUGAAUGCUCCAGGAGUGACUAGGUUUUUAGGUGAUAAGGAGUGCCAGAGCAUCCUGAAAGAGAUGGAGAGAAAAUUCCAGGUCUAUAUCAACACAAAGCAUGUGCCCUGGGAACCACUGCCAGAGCAGGACAUUUUUGAAACUGCAUGGAUGAUGAUGUCCCAUAAAAACUUCCAUAGAGUGUCUUUGAAUGGUUCUUCACAGGAUUUAAAAUCAGACUCAAUACAGACUCAUUGUAAUGAAGCUGCAGGCAGAGGCCUUUUAGAGGAGGCAACGAGAAUUGUUUCGUCCAUUGAUGAAAGGCUUGAGCAGACCGUGUCCAGUUCAGACCGAGAGGAUGACUUGGAUAGUGUGGACCUGUACACAGCAGAGGAAGUGACAGACCAGGACUCUGAAAUGAUACUUAAUGGUUCCCAGUCAUCAGCUGAAGGGAACACUACAAUGGGGUUACUCCAGCUGAAUAGUGGAGCUCUGGGACUUUCUAGUGACCUUGAAGAAGAGGCCCAACUGUCUCUAGCCAUCCAGUACUCUAUGGAGUCAAGCCACUGGACUUUGGAGGAUGAAGAGGAACAGCUGCAGAAAGCCUUGGAGUUGUCCAAGAAAAUGAUCCAACAUGAAGCAUCUUCUAAUAGUCGUGACAAGGGCCCCGACAUGGACAGUCUAAAGAAGGGAAUCGAUAUUUCCUUGCAGGACACCAUCAAGGCAGCCAACACCUUACAACUAAUUGUAUUUGCUGGGUAUAAUUGUGAUCUGAUUCGAGUGGACAUAGCCUUCGGGAAGAAGGUCAGCCAGAGACAGGUGGAGGAGAAACUGGAGCACAAGACAGCGAAGAACAUGUCUGAGUACCACACGAACUGUCUGGAGAUGAUCAAGAGGAAGCACGGAGUUGAGAUUCAAAUUCAGGGAACUAUAAUCACAGUUUCCGGCUUCAAGGACUUUGUGACUGAAGCACUGAGUGAUGUGAAGCUGUUGUUAGAUAAAAUAUCUAAUUCUGUAUCCGACCAGGAAAUCUUGAGGGCUGUCCAGUGGGUGCAUCAUGACCCAGUCUCUUCAGACACAACUCCUUAUUCACCUGAUGCUAUAGUGUUCAUUGAGAAUGUGUGGAGGAUGAAGCUCAAAAAGAUUGAUAUCUUGAUAGACAAUCAGCCGCACACCAUACAUUUUGAGAAGAUGCAAGAAUACAACAUAGCUUCGGGGAAAUCUGUGAAAAUCUCCAGGAAGUUGGCUGAUUUAGGGGAUUUGGGUGAGGAUGUACCAGAAGAGGAAUUCUCUCUGCUGUCAAACCUGCCUGAAGCAACAAAAGUUGAUGAGGAAUCUGAUGAAUUUCAGACUGUGGUGAAGAACUUCUAUGAGACCAUACAGGAAUUCCACAGCAAAAUCAGAAUCAUACAGGUGGAGAAGCUGAUGAAUCGACUGCUGUACAGUCAGUACAAGUUGAAGAAGGCGAGCGUACUGCAGCGUGCCACUUACCCGGAAGUUGAACGAACUCUCUACCAUGGCACAAGUGAGUCGAGUGUAAAAGAGAUCUGCAUCCAUGGAUUCAACAGAAGCUUUUGUGGAAAGAAUGCCACUGUCUAUGGGCAAGGGGUCUAUUUUGCUGUCAACUCUGCACUGUCUGUCCAGGAUCAGUAUUCACCCCCAAACGCAGACGGAUACAAGUUUGUCUUUGUGUCAAAGGUGCUAACAGGAGACUACACUAAAGGAUGUCAUUCGAUGAAGACAGCCCCGCUGAAGGAGACUGGUGAUUUUCCACUCAGAUACGACAGUGUGACCGAUGACAUCACCAAGCCAUCAAUGUUUGUCAUCUUCAAUGAUACGCAGGCCUUUCCUGAAUAUCUCAUUACAUGCCAGAGAAUCCACCGCUGAGGAAAACUUAUUAGUCAGCUGCUAAUGAUCAAAUUGUGAGAGAAGGACUGCUUUUGUUUCAAUGUGUUUGCAUUGAUUUAAAAAAAUGCAUUUGAUUUAUAAAGGGCUAGUCUGUUAUAGUGAACAGUUGUAAUUUUACAUUUCAGGAUUUCGUUGACUAUUAUGCUGUUGACCAGUUUUUUCAGUUAUGUCAAGUGUGUUCAAAAGAUUGAACUGGAACAGAUGUCUUUAAAUAGGUGGGACUCAACAGCUCUGGUUAUAAAUGCAAGACUAUACAUUUAUCUACAAUAUUAUAUAAUUUUUAUAUAUUUUCAUCAUACAGUGCUUCAGAAAUGCAUCUGCAUAAAGAAUGUAAAGAAUUAUAUUCUUUUCAAGCUCUUGAGGGUGACUUGGAAUGAGUUACCGAGCCUGAUUUGGCCAGAGGGCCUUGAGUGUGAUACCUGAGUUACUGCAUGACAUUUCUUCUAGCCAUAUGGAAAUAGUUAACAGAGCUUUGACAGUAGCUCCUAAAUAUAGCUACACUAGCUACCUGGUAUGCUAGAGCAGUAGCAGGUUCAGGACCACUUCUCUCCCAGGAUGAAAUUGCUAUUGGAAAAAGUGAAUGCUGUGUUGACAAAGAGAAGGAAACAGGCGUAGGAUGGGAAUAACCAGAAUUAUCCUUUAUGGAUUCGCAUAAUUCUGAUUUUCUCCAUUUACAUUCUAUUGUAAAUGUUAAGCUUUGUGCAUCUCGCUGUUCUUCUGUGCACUUAAAGGGAUGUGUAUUGCCUGUUAAAUAAAACAAAAUAACCUGUGA